UGCUUUGUACAGUAUCAGAGGUGGUCCAGGGUCUCAGUUUCUUUUAGUGAUGAGGCAUUAUGGAAGCUGUUACUGGAAUACUGGUAUUUUUUCUUCUCCCAAAAUGUUGAGCUGCAGGCUGAUACAAGAGCAUUUAUAUAAGAAGGUCUUACUAUCCAAGAUUUUAACUCCUGUGUUGUUUUUCUCUAUUUCAGUGAAAGAAGCGGGAAGAGACUUUACCUAUUUUAUUGUGGUGCUUGCUGGAAUUGGUGUUACAGGUGGUUUGUUCUAUGUGAUUUUUAAAGAGCUAUUCUCUUCUUCUAGUCCAAGUAAGAUCUAUGGAGAUGCCUUGGAGAAAUGCAGAUCUCACCCUGAGAUAAUUGGUGUUUUUGGUGAAUCUAUUAAAGGUUAUGGGGAGGCAACAAGAAGAGGAAGACGACAGCUUGUCAGUCACAUUGAAUACAUAAAGGAUGGACUGAAACAUAUGCGUUUGAAGUUCUAUAUUGAAGGCUCUGAACCAGGGAAACGGGGAACAGUCCAUGUGGAAGUCAAAGAGAAUCCUGAGAGAGGAAAAUUUGAGUUCCGCUACAUAUUCGUGGAUGUUGACACGUAUCCUAGAAGAACAAUUGUCAUAGAAGACAACAGAUAGCCAGUAAUUAAUUAAAGUUGCUGCCUCAUCUCACUGAGUACUGGAUGAUACUGGUGUAGCAAGUCUGCACAGGAACUGUUUGGUGUUCUGGAUUGUAUCUUGCAGCUUUUUUGGUAAUGUUGCAGAAAGUAGCCUUUCAGGGCCUCAAUUAAGAUCUUUCAUAAUGACAGAUACAGGAUUUAAAGUGAAGCCAUUGAAAUGUAGUAGAGCCAUCAUUUAUGGCAAAUAUUUUUGACAUAGGAAAGUAAUGGCUCAUAAUAAACAGCUUAAUGCUGGAUAAUACUUCUGCACACCCAAAAACUGAGUCUUCCAAGAUUUUAGGUUUGGAUGGGGAGUUCUUUGUCUUUUUUUGCUUGGAUUUCCCACUAGCACUGCAAUAAAGAAAGUGGUAUUU